AUGAACCGCUUUCUCUCAAAUUUGGCCUUUAAUUCACCAAAUCCAUACGAUAGCGCGAUAAAGAAGGUACUGAGAACAGUAGAAGUAUGUAACGACAUCUACCAGGAUCCUUAUUCUCAAACCAUGAGCCGCUCGGGAGAGUUCCUACCUCGUCUUUGGUGCAUGCUAAACGAACCUAGACUAGCAUCAAUAAUAACCUGGUCUGCUGAUAGUACAACUGUCUGUUUAUUAGACAAAGAUCUUUUCGAGAAGUUUGUCUUGCCCUAUGUCUAUAAAGCGAAAAAGUUGAGCAGCUUCUACAGACAGCUUAGAAUUUAUGGCUUCAAGCGUACAACUUCUGUAAAGGAUGAUGCGGUAAAUUUCAAGCAUAGAGAGUUCUCGCGUAACACGUCUAUCAACGUGCUUUAUAACAUAGAACGACACGAAUACUCUGAAAGAAACAAAUGCAAAAACGAGAUCACAGCAAUAUCUGCACAUGCACCUUCAGAAGCUAACAUAUCCAGCGCACCUCCUCACCUUCCUUAUAUGACUGCUCCAAGCACAACAACUUUCAUCAGCAAAGUCAGUAUUGGAGGCUAUGCAACAUCAUACCAAACACCACUAGCAGGAACAGCGCCAACAACAUUACAUGCGCCUGUACCAAUUAGCCCAACUGAAUAUUCACCUAUCCUUAAUGAAGAUUUUGAAGUAUAUGAUGAUGUUACCAUACACAGAGAAAUCUAG